AUGUAAUUGGUCAGUAAGUUUCCCGCUUUCGCAUGGACGCCAGAGUCGUUUAUAGGACUUUACAUAUUAUGAACGAAAUGUUCCGUGAUAAACAUCGUGUAAAGAUUUCUGUUCAUGCACACUACAACGGAAUUAUAAAAUCAUUAUCGAUACGUACUCAGAAAAUGAUAACCUGAGGCCACAAGUUUUUCUUUAUCGAAUGAUAAGUUAAGGUUAUAUUUACAUUUACAAGAUAUAUUUGAAAGAAAUUGAUAAUAAUUGUAGCUUUCGUUUUAAAAUGAUUUAAACCAAGAGCAGUUGUUACUAUGGAGUCUUUAAAAAUAUUUGACGAUUUUAAAUUCAGUGAUCUCAACGAAGACUGGAUUCAAUCCAUUUGGGAUACAGAAUUUAUGAUUUACAAUGAACCACCUGAUGAGUACCUCAUGUUCUUAGAAAGUGAAGAUAUAAGACUGCUUCUGCAUGAGACCUGCAUAAUUGUAAAGUCAUGGCUAGCUAUAGGUAAGGAUCAGAAUGAUACUGAACAGUGUUCGGAAAUCUCUUGGAACACAUUGAUCAUAAUGGAUAUAAAGGUGCGUGCUUUAUUAGCUGUAUUGGGUUAUAUAAUAAACAGCGGCCAAAGUAAAGAAGCUGAUGAUGAUUCCAAACAAUCUUGUCUUUAUGCUACCAAUUUAUAUUUUAUACUUUUGGCUAUUCCCGGUAGUAGUGCUUUUAAUGUAUUCCACCCAAAUUUAUAUCAACAUGCUAUCGAGACGCUGAAAAGGAACUCUGUCCAACUGCAACCUCUUGUCAAGAAGCGUACUAAACCAGUGAGUUUAGAUGAUUUUAAUAUAACGGACGAGUCAAUAAAUGACAAUGUCAUUCUUUUACCUAAUGAAAAAGAAACAUUAACGAAAAAUUUAAAUAUAAUUAUUUGUAGUUUGAUUACAAUGAUAAGGUCAUUCUGGUUUAAAGACCAUAUGCAAUCAUUAGACACUACUAUUCAUGGGUUACUUGAGGUAACAAAAGUAGAAAGUGAUUGUAUGGAUACUAAUUUUUUCAAUGGGCAAAAUGGUACUGUGGAAGUAUCAUUAGUAAGAAAUGCUUACGCAGCAUUACAAGAACUGUGUGAUAGCAAGCAUGGUCCCAUUAAAGUUACUAUUACAAUCAUAGCGAAGUAUGCAUUACCUCGUUUAUUGUGUAAUUCCAUGGAUACACAUGCAAAAUUUAUUACAAAUGUACGUGAACGUACUAUAAAUUUUUUAAAAGUUUUACUGCAUGACCAUCUGAGAGAUGCAAAAGUUGCAAUUAUUACAUUAAUACAGCAUCUAAUGCUAAAGUGUCCAGAUAGACUCGAACCUCGUCAGAAGCAAGCUUGUAUACUAAUGAAACUUUUUGGAAUAUGUAAUCAAAGCAUUAUUCUUGAAGCCUUUAAAAAUGUAAUACUACUAUCACAUCAUAACAAAAUACCCUACAGAGUAUUUGCUCAAGAAAUAAUUGGUAAAUUAUUGGUCAAUUCUUUUUUGAUGGACUAUGACAUAAGUGAUAGUUUGAAACAAACAACAAGAAGAGUCUUGCUUGCUGUUGUAUUAAGUAGAUGCAUGGAUUGUUCAAGUAUGGUGAGAGGGAAAGCUAUGGCAAUAAUCGCAGAAUUUACAGAGUUUAAUGUGGAGGUGGAUAAGCUAAUAUUUAAAACAAUUUUUGAAGGAUCCGAACCCGAUAAAAAGUUUCUUAUAUUUGACGACAUAAAAGAAGCUUUAUCUGAAAAUACUGAUCUGCUACCCGGUUCAAAUACUUUAUUAUCUAUGCUAACAGAAAGAAUAGAGGAUGAAAGAGCAAUGAUAAGACGGAGCACGUUACAGAUUUUAAAAAAUUUAAUCUUAUUAUUUCCAACACUGAUGAAUGAGGUAGUACCUGCAAUUAGCCGUCGUUGUAGAGAUCCAACGUUAACGGUGCGUCGAUACGCUAUACAAAUUCUCUCUCAACUUUUAGAGAAGUUCCCAGACAAUUCUCAACUUUUAGAUGAAUGGGUGCAAACUGUUAUACCGCAAAUAUUCGAUGUUGAGAUUAAAGUGCAAGAGAAGGUGCUAGAUUAUUUACAAGAGUUACUGUUAAAUAGAAUAAUUUCUUCUAAAAGUACUAAUAACGUAGCUAACAGUUUACCAUGGAAAAUUUUAAAUACGUUAACUAACUUGAAAAUGCGACGACAUUUAUCGAAAGCUUGUAACUUAUGGGUGAAGAAUGGUACUAUCACUAAUUCUGUGGUAAAGAAUAUACAGACUCAUAUUGGUACGACUAAUAACGUAGGAGCUUGGAUAUUCCUAGCUGCACUAGCUGAAAAUACUCAGCUACCGAAUAUGAGUAAAUAUAUCACAAAUUAUAAGGAUAUCUUUGAAGAGAACAGUUUCUAUACCAGUUUAGUCUUGCAGGUUUUAAAAUAUUCUUGGAAGUCCUUGGAUAAUAAAGUUUUGGAGGACCUCUAUCUUUACCUGUAUCAAUGUCUACAGCAAUUUAAAAUUAAUUUUGGUUUGAUCAGUAGUUGCUUGGAUAUUAUACACAAUAUUGUACAGUUUUUAAAUCCUGACAAAGGUAACAACCUACUGGAGAUCAACGUACAGAACUUAAUCAAACUGUCGGAGGCAGAAAUCACCAAAAUUUUUAAGAAUGAAAAUCAGGCCAUAGAAGCGGCACCUCACUAUUUAAAAGCUAUGUUCACAUUAGGACAUUCUACACUUUUAUCCACUUGUAAAAUUUCACCGUUAACAUUACGAAUUCUGCAAGGUAUUUUAUUAGAGUGGGAGGCACUGCCAGAAGCUAUAAAGGAAAUACAGGAAUUACAAGCGUCAGCAGUCGUAAUUCUUGGUCAACAAGCGAUGAGAGAUCGUGAGAUCGCGAAAGAAGUAGUUCCAAUAUUUGGUAAAUUAAUGAGGCAGGAAACGAACUUGAGUUCAGUUUUUCAAAUUGCAGUGAAAAUAAACACUGCGAAAGCUAUGGGUGAUAUCUGUGUUAGAUUCACCGCAUUGGUUGAACCAUAUCUGUCCGAUAUGUGUGUUAGUAUGAAGGAUUCCAGUCCACAAGUCAGGGAAGCCAUCAUGGUAAUAUUUAUUCAACUUCUUCUUGAAGAUUAUAUCAAGAUUAAGGGUCCAUUCUUUUUUCAUAUAUUGACAAUGUUAUCGGAUCCAGAUAAUAUGAUACGGGAACUGACUACCUUUCUCAUAGAAGAAAGGUUACUGACAAAAAACAAGACUUUAAUAUCACAACAAUUUUUACAAAGCAUAUAUCAUUAUAAUAAUUAUAAAUCGCAACAAAAAAUUUAUAAUCAAAGGAUGCGCGAGAAAGAAAGAAAUGCAUUAAUGCUUCCUGGAAAAAGGAAUGAAGAUAAACGAAGAACUAUAUACGAUUUCAUGUUGGAUCACUUGGAUCCUCCAGGGAAGAUAAAGAUACUUGUAAAAAUAACUAGUCAGAUACUCGGUGGAACAUGCGCUAAUUCAAUUGAUGUUAAAAAAGAGGAAGGAGCAUAUGUCUUAAAGGAUGCACUGUACGUGAUUAGUAACGAGCGUUUGAAACCAUCAUCUCUUAACAAACAGAGUGACGAUGAUCAACUAGAAUCUGAAGAAUCUGUAGCUCCAGCGAUGACACCUGCUGCUAGUGCAAUAACUAUUAUUAUUGAAGGAAUAAAAAAGCAUGGCUUAGAAGUUCUAUUACCUGUAUUAGUAAAGCUAAAGAAGAAAUUAUCCUCUUUAAAGUCUCCGUUAGAGAAUGAGGUGAAAAGACUUUUAGUUAAAAUUUAUUCAGAGUAUAACAAAGAUCAAUUAUCUAAUAUAUUAAACGAAUAUCCAAACUUGGAGAAGGAAGUGGAUCAAUUCAAAAGGCAACUAGGAGAAAUUGGUUGUGACGAUGAAAGCUCCAGUGAAGAAGAAAAUGCACCAUGUGAUACAAAUAAUCAGAUUAGUCCUUCCAAGAUGUCAGAUAUAAAAAGUUGUGACUUAUAUCCUACAAUUCUAUUGGAGCGUGUCUCUAUCUCUCAACUUUCGAGUAUGAAUAGUAAUUCUUUGGAUACUUGGAAUCCCGUUACGUCAACGCCAAUUCCACAACAGCAUUCACCCUCGGAGCCUGGCCCUAGUACCAGUACACCAAGAUCAUCGAGAUGCUUUGAGUUCGAAUUCGACAGUGCUACUAACAUAUCAAAGGCCAGAAAGAUAGAUGUGCAACGUAAACUGGUAGAGAGAAACAUUUGUCAAAUUCAAGAUGAUAGUGAGUCUGAUUAGGAUAGAUAAAACAAAUAGCUUUUAUUUCUUUACUUUUAUUUAAGCUGCAAUUUAUAGGUAAAAUGGAAAAGAAAAAAAAUUACCUACCUCUUAACUUUCGUUGUAUAAGAAACGACGUUUGCGUAAUGCUAUACGUGCGAACUUCCAGUUCUUUUUGUAUGUCUGAAACACGCGGACGAUUAGCUAGGAGAUAAGUACAACAUUUGGUAUUUGUUUCUUACCUUUAUUCGUGUGCGACAACACAUUAUUAUAUAAAUCCUUUACAAUAGACGUGUUCUCGCUAAUAAGCUGAAUGAAUCCACGAAUUUCUUCGACCUGUAUUAAUAUGAUUUAUAUGUCUACUGCCAAUACAAGAGUCUGUGAUAUUUGAACGGUGACUUAAUUAUACGCAUGUAUCUAUGUGAAUACGUACUUCAUCCAAUACUUCCUUGAGUUUCUUAUUCUGGGAUAUUUGGAUGUGUACAUCUUGUAUAAAUCUUUUACCAAAUGUAGUGCUGUUAGUUUGACACUAAACAAACAAAAAUUAAGGGGCGUGUUAUAAAGAGUUUAUCUGUUUUUUUCAUAAAAAGAAUUAUGCGUUUAGAACAGUAUUCGAAAAAUGAGAAAUUGAGUUAAUCUCCCCAAAGAAAAUUCUUUUCUUUUCUACAAUUAAUUUUAUGGUGUACCCUAGUAAUCUAUUAUAUCGCACAGAAGAUAAAGUUCCGUUGAAAUCUCUUUAAUAAGUGUUGAUUUACAGAAGAUACUGUUUUCGCAAAUUUCUUUAAAAGAAAAUAAUCUAUGCUUACUGUUUUGAACAGCGAUCAUUUAUGUUUCAAAGAAAAAUGACUUUCGAAGUUGAUAAUCAACAACUUUAGUUGCUUUAAGUUUUUGACGAAGUAUUUUUAACAGAUAACAAAUGAAAAGCUUAUUUUCAAAGAAAUUAUCGUUCGUUACUCAAUUGAUGUUUUAUUUCUGUUAAUAUCGAUUCAAUUUUGAUUUGCGAAGUUUAAGCAUUUCAAUCCGUGCACGUAGGUAGGAUCUUACUAAAACAAAUAUAAUGGUGAACGAAGCUAAGCGGUGCCUUUGAAAUGAAUGGUGUGUCUCAGAGUGUUAACUCGAAUGAUUUUCGUUUGGCGUACGCUCUCCGAUAAUGUUAAUUACACCGUGUAUAAACGAAAACUGUCACGCUCGAGAUUCUGUUGAACAAUGCAAUACUAACGGCAUGUAAUUCCGGCAUUCGAUCACGAACCAUGAUGAUAGUCGUCGACAAUCAGCGUGUCACUGAUACUUCUUUGUAUCUGGAUCACGAAGUAUGUGUUCUGUUAUCUACCUUAUCAGUGCAGAAGUGAUAAUUGAUAAAAUUCGUCGUGGCGUUGACAUUGUAAACUUCUAAUUGAUACCGUUCAAUUCGUGAAGAGUGGCAGAACCGUUUGACACACUUCCCAGCAAAACUGUAUUACUUUAACCAGAAGAUGCUUUGCAUCUGCAAAUGGAAAUAGGAAAUAGGCACUUAGCAGCUGGGUUACAAGGACGUGUUUAACAUGAAUUAUACACCUUUGACUUGUUCUCUCAGCCUUUCUUCAAGUUACCACCGGCGAUGCGUGUCCUUCUUUUUCUUUCUGUUAAAGACACAAUUUCUUUUUUCCCUAACGUUUUUUAUAUCUUGACAUGAGUGGUGUUUUUCUGUGAACAUUAGUAUGGGUAGAACAUGUAUACAUAUAUAUGUAAAUUAAUGCAGACUAACGAUAUUACUCAUAAAUCAAUGAGUAUGGAAUUAGAAGUUGGAAAACAAUUCUGCAAUUUACGUUUUGGACCAGAGAGAACUUUUAAAAUUGUUUUUUGUGUCUGUAUGUAAUGAAAUAUACAUAGUAUUUAUUAUUGCCAAUAAGCUGUUGUUUAUAGCACUAAAUAUAUAUAUAUUUAGGCACAUUUUCUUAUUUAAUUAUAAUUUCACGGUUCGACGUACAGUUGAAAUUGAAAGUUCGAUCAGUAAUAUUUGACUCAUUCUGUGAUAUCAGACAAAGCAGAAAUAUUCGAUAUUUAUGUAUAAAGUACAUAUAAUUAUAUGCGUUAUCGCGUGUUCCGCACUGUAAAUAAUUUACUAGCUUGUAAAGCUUCCUUAAUUGAUAAGUCGAUAUGCAUAUAUGUACAUUUCUAUAUAAAAGGACAUGAAUACUUUGGGAAAACAGUAAAGGUAUUUAUUAUAUUAUACAUUAACACCAAACAAACAAGUUAUAAAAUAUCUGAUUUAACGUUACAUUCAAAUAAAACGUUUGAAUAUCUUAUAUAUCUAUAUAUGAUGAUAGUACGAGAACGAAAAAAAACUCACUUUCCGUUGUUUCUUUACGUUUCGCGUGUGCGUUAACAAUAUUAUAUAAAUAAACAAGAAGAAAUAGAUAUUGAACUAUUAAAUUCGUUAAUUUUACAUACUCCAAGGCAAAUCAAUCAGUCUUAUAUAAUUCUUAAUUAGAACAGAAACGAUUGCAACGUUUAAUGGUAUGCACUAUGUAUCUACGAAGGUUGUCGACGUUUUUCUUCUAUAACCACCGGUUCGUUACUACUAAGAAAAAUAUAUAUAUAUAUAUAUGUUUCGCUCUACUGUAAAAACAACCUUGUUGCGUAACACGGUCCAUUGAAAGAAUGAAUAUUUCCAAAAUUCAUGUAAGAAUAUAUGUAUAUAUAUAUAUAUACAAGAGAAUGCGUUCAAGAUCUAUUUUACAUUACAAGAAUGGUACUUUUUAUAUGUCUAACUGUAUAUACAUCGGAUAAGUAGCUAACAAUUUCAACUCUCAGCUGGUGGAAUAGGAAUAUCAUGAUAAAACCGGGUCACCGUGGCCCCGUUAUUAAGUUAAAAAUAUUUCAAUUAUUUCUCCGUUUCGCCCCGGUAAGGAUUAAAAUGACAAACGGGGUCAUCGCGAGCCAGCCAAGAGUCAAGAUAAUGACAGAGCGUCUGGCCACGCUCACUGUACAUACAGCGUGUCAGAAAGAUCAACAUCUCGGUUACACCUCGAAUGCUGUAACGUUCACGAAUUAUAAUAAGAUUGCACUUCGUUUUAUUUAUAAAUUAUCGAAUAUAGUACAUUCAACAUGUGUAGAUAUAUAUCUGUAUAUAUAUAUAUAUUACAUUCUCUUUAGAAAUACUGAUCUCUCUUUCACU